AUGGCGGACCACGAGCUGAUCGGCAGCUCCGACGUCCGGGCCGGCGUGGCGGGGAUGGCCGCGGCGGCGGCCCGGGCUCGGGCGCGCCUCGGCGAGGAGCUGGGGCGCCGGCAGCUGGCGCAGACCACCGGCGUCGUGCUCGGCCUGGCGGGCAUGGCCUCGGCGGCGUCCCGGGCCAGGGCGCGCGUCGGCGAGGAGCGCGAGCGGCAGGCCGCAGCGGAGGCCGCCGAGGCGGCGCAGCUGCUGCCGCCCCCCACCUUCGGCGGCGCGCUCGGCGGGAGCGGCGGCGGCUGCCCCUCAGGCUCCGCCGCCGAGGCGGACCCUCAGCCGCUCGCGGCCUCCUGGGGGCAGCAGGGUCAGCCUCUGAGACUAUGCCCAGUCCACAAGGAUUCCCGAGCCGCUCGAGCAUUGGUGCGAGGACUGCCUCGUGCUCUGCGCCAGGAAAGCCCUGGAGGACCACUGCGGGCACAAGGUGCUGCGACUCGAGGAGGCCUUUGCGCGCCUCGGGCAGAGGGCGCUCGACCUCGCGGCGCUCGCGCGCGUGAAGGCGGAGGAGUUCUCGAAGAGGUCGCGGGCGGACGCGCUGACCUGGCAGCAGGUCGCCGCCGCGGCGCGGGACGGCCGCAGGGACCUGGAGGAGGCCCUGGCGAGGGUCGGCCAGGCGCUCCACGAGGAGGAGGCCGCCCUGCAGGCCGAGGCGGAGCAGUGCGCGCCCCUCGUCGAGGAUGCGCUCCAGGCCGCCGCGUUCGACCCCGACAUCACCACGUUGCGCGACUCGCUGGAGAGGCACCUGGAGGCCGGCAGCGCCAUGGAGGCGCUCAACGCCUUCGUCGGGCUGCGGCAGGCUCUUGCCCGGCGCCGGGAGUCCGCGCUGUCUGGCGACAUGGCGGUGCAGCUGCGGGCCACGCUGGAGGAGGGCUUCGAGGCGCGCCUCGCCUGCGUGGCGCAGAUGGCGGCGCGGGUGGCGGCCCUGCAGCCCGCCAGAGCCCCGGUCGGCGCGCACCUGCAACUGGGAUGCGCGCUGCCCGUUCCGCAGGCCGCCACGGGCUGCCGGGCGGCAUCCGGCCUCAGGGGCAGCGUUGGGAGAGGCCCCGUCGUCGCCGCGGCCGGCGUGCGCCUCGAAGAGCGGAGGGCGCCCGGGCAGGUGCCCGGGGACCGGUCGGGCCACGCGGCCGGCUCGUUCCCGAGGCCCGCCGUGACCAGAAUGACCCUGAGGACCUCUCUGGCCAGUCGCGUGCGCACUGCCGCGGGGGUUCGGGCCUGGGGCUGGUCGCCACUCCCCAGCGAAGGCCGUUCGCGAAGUCCUUCGCGUGGGCCGACGUCUCCUUCUCGGACGACAGCUGCGCGGAGGAGGACGAGGGCCCGGCCCCGCCGCUGCGCGACGACUCCUACCGGGAGGGCCCGUUGGCCUCGCUCGAGGACUCCCGCGGCGGCCUGAACGCGAAGCUGCGCGACGCCGUUGGUGUCGACGGCUCCCUGCCGCUGGACUUCGACUUCCUGACGGGGCGGAGCCCCUCGAGGCCGUCGCAGGGGCCGGAGGCCUGCGGCUCCGGGGGGGACGCGGCGACCCCGCCGCGCAGCGCGUGGCGGCCCAACCUCCACGCGCCCGAGGGGGAGGUGGAGUUCCGAGGGGCCGAUGGGGGCGUCAAGAGGGAGAAAGAGGAUGGGUGCAAGGACGAAUCACGGAUCGAGCAAGCAUUUGGCCUCGCUCGUAUUGUGAUGUCGCUGACGUGGCGCGCCAGCAUCAGUCUGCGUGAAUUGGUCUACGUGUCCACAUGA